AUAUCAAUUUUUCUUGAAUUGUGAAAUAAUUUGAUUUUUAUUGGUGGUAUAAGACAAUUAAAUUGGAUUGAUACUUAUGGAUUCAACAAUGGAAUUCAUUUAUAACUUAAAUUGAGAUGUCUUCAAAAAAACCAAACAUGGAUAUUUCAGAGGUAGGGCCUCAUCCAUUCGAUACCUUAUCUUGCCUUAUAAUGCCAGAAGAUGAUAUUAAAAAUCAACAAAAUAUCACUCUAUUAAACACAAAUAACAUCUUUAGCUACAAUCAAUCCCAAAUUAACAAUUCAUAUUUAUUAAAUAACCAGCCAUUGUACAAUUCACCUAUAUUUUACAAUAAUCAAGCUUUAAAUAUUAAUAACAAUUGUUAUUUGUUAGGAGGAGAUAGUGUCUCUUUAUUUAAUAAUAAUUACAUCAUUGAUCAAAAUGGAAAUAUCAUACUGUUGCCAGAUGCACAGUUAAAUUCACUUAAUUAUUCUCCCAUUAAUAACACAUUUAAUAAUUGGCAAAAUGUUAAUUAUGGUGUAAAAAAUCAAAUCAAUCACAGUAGCUCAUACAUUUAUAAUUCAAAUCAAAUUAGGGCCACUGAUCAAAAUUUAUAUAAAUCAUCACAAUCAGUUACAUUUGAUGCACCAAAAAACCAACAAUCUUACAAAAAUAUGUCUUGCAUUAACCUUAUGGAGCAAAAUUUGACUUCAAUUUCUCAAAAGAUACCAUACCAUGAUGUAAUUCAAAAAAGUAUUGGUAGCCCAAAUACCGAAAUACGACAAAAGAAUAGUGUUCAAAAGAGAUCUCGUUUCAAAAAUAAAUGGGCAAAUCAAAUCAAUAUUAACAAAUCACUCGACAUAAAACGCGAUAUUAUCGGUCAUAAAUCAAUUGAUUGCUCAGUCUUGACGGACGAACUGAAAGCUCUCCUCGCGGAAUUGUAUUACCUAAGUUCCGGGACAUCCGCUAUUUUUGCUUGCUCUUAUGACAAAAGCGGGGAAAAACCGGACGCCGCUUUGGUUAGUUUUAUAAAUGAACACUUUCAAGACAUGGCUACAACACUAGAUGGAAUGAAUGCUAAAGGUCCAAGUUUAAAAAAGGAAGUAGACCUUAUUAUAGACUAUGAUGACGAUAAUGAUGCAGCUAGUAAUCUGGAGAUCAUGAGGGGGGGAGAAUCCUUCGGAGAAGAAUUGAAAUCUCGCAAAAAUCGCCGCGAUUCAACCACCAUUUUGUUGGCCGAUCGAGAUGCUUCUCAGCGCCAAAAUUUUCUCCACUCAUUUCCUACAAAAAUUUCCGAUUCGGUUUCAGGCUCCGGUCGCCAGAGAAUCAGAAAUCGUAAAUAUUUAUUGGAAGAAUGCGACAUCACUACUAUUGGGCGGAAAAAAUCAACCAUAAGUGGCGUCAAGGUUAGAGGAGGACGACGGUCUUUGAAUAAUUCUUCAUUAUCCCGCGAUAAUGUUGACUGGAAGAGUAAUACUUUUCACACGAAUGAAGUAGAAGAUGGAGAAAGGGACGAUGUUUUGGAAAAAUUUGAUUUAGAUUAUUUGCCACUUCCAUCGCCACCAUCUUCGCCUAUUCCGCUCUCUCUUUACGAGGCAUGGGAGGACGACAUUACCCCAGACCUCUACGAUAAAAUAACGAACAAUGACGGGGAAGAGUUUAAAACAUCGAAACUAGAUGGAGGCUCAAUAAUGGGAAAUAAGGAUGACGAAGAAAAGAAGAUUAGAAUAAUUAUUGAACAGGAAAUAAAUGCCAUAAAGCGAACAGGGGACAUGGUCGAUCGAGGCCUAUGGACUUCGGACCAAGAAGUAACCUCCUUCCUCCCAACUUACGCAUUUCAUCAACCCCUGCAUUCCUUGAUAUCCUAUAAUUCCGAAAACUCGGGUCAGAAUAUAAUUAAUUAUAACCACCAAAACGCGAAAGAGAAUCUUCAAAAUCGAAAUUCCGAAAAUCUGGCAAGCCAAAGUCAAGAUAAGUUGAAUACCUCGCCUCAAAAUUUCCUAAAGAGUCAAAGCCGAUUACAAAUAAGUGAUGGGUUACCCACGAUCAAUAAUGAAACGGAGGUAGACUUAAAUAGUUCCAUCGUUCUAGAUGAUAGUAAUAAUCCCGAUUCAGACUUCAUCUCUUGCCAAUUAAAUAUUUCGGACAUCAAUCAAAUCAUGGAUUUACCAUCCGUUGAUUCAUCGAAGCCUGGAGAAGUUAAAUGUCAUUGGCUCUACCUUGGCGAGGAAUUAAAAUGGCUUGCAUCGGAUUUUGCUCAAGAACACAGGUGGAAAAUUUCUGCGGCAAGAAAGGUGAGUCGGUUCAUGCAGAAAUAUUUCGAAGAAACUUUAAUCCGGCAGCAAAAAUUAGAUCAAGAGGAGAUCAACAAAAUAAGAAAGAUAGCCUCUAGGGUUUCUAAAUUCGUUUCCAGAUUCUGGAGAAAUAUAGCCAAAGUGGCUCAAGCCAAAGCCGAAUCCAUAAGCCAAACCAAGUACCAAAGAAGGUUGGACAAACAACUUAAUGCCAUAGUCGGUGAAACCGAAAAGUAUUCUCACGCCAUAACAAAGCAAUUCCUUCAUAAUACCGAAGAUGAAAUGUCGUUGACGGUAUACAAAACGCCAUCUAGCGAGCAUAACGCUAUAAAAAAUGUACCUUGCCAUUCGGAUAGCUCAUUGUCCAAUCAUUCCAAUCGAUCUACUCAAGAAAUCUCACCACCUCCUACUCCCAACCUUUCUUUCGCCCAACGUCAUACUCCUCACGUGACACAAACACAAUAUAGGUCACAUAAACAAGAACUUUUCAAAACAACCAUGAUGCCAUCAAAAAAAAAUCUAUCACUCACCUCAAAAUUUAUUACUAAUCAAAAUGAUGAAACGGUUUUGAGAAACGGAAAGAUCAGGAAAAAUAUUCUGCCACAACCUUUAUCGACUACUAAUGAUCAUCAUGAACCCAAAACGUUUAAAUCCGAAACCGGGUUCGAAAGAGAUAAAAAUAUAUCGAGAUUGACUAGGAAUAGCAGGAUUAUUAAAUUAGAAAAUACGGAACACAUUAAAUUUGACCAAGGUGCAAUUCCAAAUGGGAUUUACGAAGAGGACCUAAAAUUAAAAGAUACACAUUUUGUCGAACAGUGUGAAAAUGAAGCGAUCUCUAAAGAAGGCAGCCAAAGUAACAAACAACGGGAAAUGGUAAAGAAUGAAGAAAUUAAUCGAACUAUGCGUAGUACAAGAGGGAGUAAAUUUGGGAAAGGAAUCGCUGACUCAGAGAAUGUCAGGGUAUUAAGGAAUAAUAAGGUAGUCAAAGUAUUCAUUCAUUCACCCAGUUCUUCAGACUACAACGAAAUAAAUAUAGCCUUAACAUCACAUAAGGAAGUUGCGAAGAUGGAUGAAAUAGAUAUCCAACAAAAUGAAGAACUCUCGCCAAUGGUCGAAUCCAAAGAUAUGCCUUCUGCCAAAUUAUCACCUUACGAUCAACUGCAAGAUGAUACUAAAGAUGAUGGGACCGAGGAGAUAAACGACAUAGCCGCCCAAGCCCAGAAAUUCCAACCCAAAGGAUUUACUUUGGAAACUACCGAAGUGAAAACACCCGUUCCCUUUCUCCUCAAACACACCCUUAGGGAAUAUCAGCACAUAGGAUUAGAUUGGCUCGUUACCAUGUACGAGAAGAAGUUGAACGGAAUCUUGGCUGACGAGAUGGGACUCGGUAAAACUAUACAGACCAUCAGUUUGCUGGCUCAUUUGGCUUGCCAAAAAGGCAUAUGGGGACCCCACCUGGUCAUUGUGCCGACUAGUGUGAUGUUGAAUUGGGAGAUGGAGUUCAAGAAAUGGUGCCCUGGUUUCAAAAUACUCACUUACUAUGGAUCCCCCAAGGAACGGAAGGCUAAAAGAAAAGGGUGGGGAAAAAAAUCUUCACAUUCUAACAUUACUUGCCCGAACGUGAUCGUAACAUCAUACCGUUUAGUAUUGCAGGACGAAAGGUGUUUUAGGCGCAAGGCUUGGCAUUACCUCAUAUUGGACGAGGCUCAAAACAUCAAAAAUUUUAAGAGCCAACGCUGGUUAACCUUAUUAAACUUCAAGAGUCGGGCUCGACUCUUGCUAACAGGCACCCCCAUUCAGAACGAUCUUAUGGAACUAUGGUCUCUCAUGCAUUUCCUAAUGCCCCACGUAUUUAAAGAGGCUGGCCAGUUUUCGGAUUGGUUUGCUAGACCUUUGGGAAGUUACGUGGUGUCCGGCGCCGAAGAGCUACCUUCCAGGGGUGACGCUAGGGAUAUAAUGUUGGGCAGUCUCGAUGAUAACUAUACUUCCUCUACGAACAAGGAUCAGUCGAUAAUCGAUAAUUCCAAGCAAUCACUAAUCAUCAAUAACAACGAAACUUCCCUAUUGGUGGGAAAGCUCCACAAAAUUCUGAGGCCAUUUAUACUCAGGAGACUUAAGAAAGAGGUGGAAAAGCAGAUGCCCCCAAAACUUGAACAUGUUAUUCAUUGUAGGUUAUCCACUCGCCAACGGUAUUUGUAUCAUGAUUUCGUUUCUCGCUCAGCUACUACCGCUAUCUUGAAGAGCGGAAAUUUUUUGGGAGUUGUCAACGUUCUUAUGCAACUUAGGAAGGUUUGCAAUCAUCCAGAUCUAUUCGAGCCUAGACCGGUCCUUUCCUCCUUUUUUGAUUCUUUACACAGCGUAACUUUACCCUAUCCCUUAUCGAGCCGUUUAAAUUAUUUGCCCUCCGCUAUCUGCGAUAUGUUAAAUGACGAUGAUGACGAAAAGUAUUUGAUCAAUAAAAAAACCAUAUUAAAUUCUAGUUACCGUUCUCAUAACAUCGAAAGAUUAGAAAUUCCUGAAAUCCCCAGUGCCUCUAAUAAAGAUAAUAUAGAUCUCUUCUUGAAAAACAUUUUAAAAAUACGAUUUAAUUUAAACACUACCCUCAUCAAAUCACCCAGUACUAUAUUGGAUUCAAACAAUGUCGCCAUGCCUAGAAAUCCAGGUACACCUUCCCAUAAUUAUAUUAACUCCACUUAUUUGACGUUUUUUGAACGUAUUUCUGAUAUUCCACCUCGCUUGACCUCAAUACUCUCAGUGGUUAACAUUUUCCCCGUGUUUUAUAAGGGGCGUAAUCUUGAAAGCAUUUUGGAGAUUUUGGAACCAGUUUUAACUAGAUUCUUGAUUUUCGUUCCCCCGACUCUCUCUACCCCGUUCUACUCUUAUUGUUCUCAUCCUACACCGAGUUCCUUCACUCGAGACCAGUCAUAUGAAAACCGGGUCGGGACAUUUCUGAACACUGGUAUUCGUUGCUUGCCUCACAUUUAUCACGAUGUCAAUAUCGGGCGUUUGCUAAAGUUUCCGGAGGUUCGACUCAUCGAAUACGAUUGCGGCAAAUUGCAAAUACUCAAACAAUUAUUAUCCACACUCAAGGCCCAAAAACAUAGGGUCCUCAUAUUCACUCAAAUGACAAAAGUAUUGGACAUACUGGAAUCUUUUCUCAAUUAUCACGGCCACAGAUAUUUAAGACUGGACGGCACUACCAAGAUCGAACUUAGACAGAUUUUAACGGACCGAUUUAAUAGCGACUCUCGAAUAUUUUGUUUUAUCUUAUCUACCCGCUCAGGAGGGUUAGGCAUCAAUUUAACAGGAGCCGAUACUGUUAUAUUUUACGAUUCUGAUUGGAACCCUACUAUGGACGCCCAAGCCCAAGAUAGGUGUCAUCGCAUUGGGCAGACCAGACCCGUUCAUAUUUAUAGAUUGAUAAGCCAAUACACAGUAGAAGAGAACAUAUUGUUAAAAGCUCGUCAAAAAAAACUCCUGGGUGACAUAACUAUAGAAGAAGGUAAUUUCACUACCGCUUUUUUCAAACAGGAGGGUCUCAAAGAACUAUUUAAAAACGAUAGCCACAAUGAUUCUUAUUCUGAAGCUGCGAAUGCUUAUAGUUUAGGAGAAAAGGGUUUAUCUUAUUAUGAUAAGGAUAAUGAAGAACAAGGUCCAAGAUCAAGUGAUGAUGGCGAAGUCAGGAAAAGAAACUUAUUCGAAGAAGCCUUAGCGAUGACAGAAGACGAUGUGGAUUCAAGUGCUACCAGAGUUGCUCUCAAGGAAAAGCAAGAAAUUAUUUUUCAGGAAGCUAGAGAAUUCGAUGAAGAGCCUUUGCAGAAUGAAUUGACAGCUAAUCAAAGGCAGGAAAUCUUGGAAACAGCUGACGUUAUCAAGUCACUCCACAAAGAACGUAUCGAUUUGUACAGUUGUGAAUUAAUAAAUAAAGAGGAGACCAAGGAAUGGAAAAAAUAUUUAUCGGCUGAGCUUUUGACCUUUAUAAACGAGCUUCGACCGAUUGAAAGAUUAUGUUUGUAUUUGUACGAAUCCACGAAUCAAGGACAAUUAUACGAGGACAUUUAUCUAAAUAAUCAUAGUGAUGAAGAAAUACAAGAAAAUAUUUCAGAUAAACCAGAAACGCUAAGUAUUCCCUCUGUUGAUAUGAAUAUGGGGGUUGAUUCCUUGCAACAGACUUAUCAUUCUGUCACAGUUUACAAUUCACUUAAUAAAAAUAUUGUUGAAAAAUAUUUACGAGACGAAGAUAAAAUAAAGGAUGGUGAAAUAUUAGAUGAUAGCUAUGAUUUGGAAGAGUCUUCUAAAGAAAAGCGUGUCCAAAAUAUGGCAGGAACGGGUGAUGGUAAGCCUAUUGCUAAUCUUGAAAUUGAUACAAGUAAAUCACGUUCUUUGAGAUCUAAAAGGAAUAGAUAAGAAGCAAUAUCAAUUUUUUCUAACGUUUGGAUGUUCCGAUGAGUUUUUCAAAAAUCGAUUCUGUGUAAUAUUUAUCUCGUUUAUAUUUUUAAAAUGUAAAAUAGCCUUCUUAAAAUCAUGUUAUUAAA